AUGAGCAUCACAGUCGGAGUCCUCGCCUUGCAGGGCGCAUUCUACGAGCAUGUCCAGCUGCUGAAAAAGGCAGCCGAGCAAAUCCCGUCGUCCAAAUGGGAGUUCAUUGAAGUGCGCACGCCCCCCGAGCUGCAACGAUGCGAGGCGCUGGUGCUCCCUGGAGGUGAGAGCACCACCAUGUCUCUGGUGGCGGCGCGGUCGAAUCUCUUGGAGCCAUUGAGAGACUUUGUCAAGGUGUACCGCAAGCCCACCUGGGGGACCUGCGCCGGGCUGAUCCUCCUGGCCGAGUCGGCCAACCGCACCAAGAAAGGCGGCCAAGAAUUGAUCGGAGGGCUGGAUGUGCGAGUGAACCGCAAUCACUUCGGCCGACAGACUGAAAGUUUCCAGGCCCCGCUGGACCUACCUUUCCUGGGCGCGGACGCUGCGCCUUUCCCCGCUGUGUUUAUUCGUGCCCCCGUGGUGGAGAGGAUUCUGCCCAGCCAUGAAGGCAUCCAAGUUGAAGAGGAGAAGCGGGAAGAGACUAUCGUGGCUCCGUCCAGACAGGCCAAGGACUCGGUUGCUCAAGCAGCAACGGCCGAACACGUCGAGGUGCUCGCCACCUUGUCUGGACAAGCAGCCCGCGUCGCCACGCAGGGUCGAGAUGUCAACCCAGACACGGAAAUCGGCGAUGUCGUGGCAGUACGCCAGGGCAAUGUGUUGGGCACCAGCUUCCACCCAGAGUUGACCGGCGACGCCAGAAUCCAUGCGUGGUGGCUGCGCCAGGUGCAAGCAGCCGUGCAACAGAGACAAUAG